GCUUUUGAGUUUAAAUCUUCACCUUUUCUUUUUCUUCCUGUCCUAUAUUCGGUACCAUUCUGUUUGGUGGUUUCCUGUUUGUUAUCAGAAGGGAGGCCUUAGAAAUAAACUGCUCUAUUCUUUCUGACCGUCUGAAGGAGUCACCUACUGCUUACAAGUAUUCCUCCAUGACAACCAGUUUCCAUUCCAUUGAAGCUAGGGGUCAAUGGCUGCAGCUUUGAGUGGACCACACUUGAGUUUUUAUACUUGAGAUGGACAGCUCCUCGGUGUGUGACGGGAAUUCGGAGAUGGAUUACCCUCCCUCCUCAGAAGACCAGAUCGAGAGAUCAAAUACAGACACUGGAUGCUCCACCCCUGGCGGCCGUUCGCUCGACUAUAGCCGUACGACCUCUGAAGUCUCAAGCUACUCAGAGCCCAGCAUUUUGGAUGAGCCCCUUGCCCUUCCUUUGGGAUUGCCAAUUUCUAAGCUAGUGGGGCGAGCUUCACCAGUUAUAACCAAACUCAGGAUGAAACAGCAUGCUGAUGUGCUCGAUGAGCACCUAGGCAAUGAUGAUGUAGCAAAUUCAGAGCUGGAAAUGAUGAAGGAGAAAUUCUCGAAGCUUUUGCUGGGCGAAGACAUGUCAGGAAGUGGGAAGGGUGUUUGCUCAGCUGUUGCAAUCUCAAAUGCCAUUACAAACCUCUAUGCUACUGUUUUUGGCCACUGUUACAAAUUGGAGCCUCUACCACCUGAGAAGAAGUCCAUGUGGAGGAGAGAGAUGGCAUGCCUUCUAUCUGUCUGUGAUUGCAUAGUUGAAUUCUUCCCUUCUUUCCAGAACUUGCCAGAUGGGAGUACUCUAGAGGUGAUGGCAAGAAGGCCAAGAUCAGAUAUUUACAUCAAUCUUCCUGCGCUCAGAAAGCUGGAUACUAUACUGCUUGAAAUAUUGGACAGCUUUCAGAAUACAGAUUUCUGGUAUGUUGAUGAUGGGAUGCAAUCAUCAAUUGCCUGUACCUCAAGGUCAUUCCGGCAGGUGAUUCAACGGAAUGAUGAAAAAUGGUGGCUACCUAUCCCAUAUGUUCCUGUUUCUGGCCUCCCUGAGAGAUCACGGAAGGAGCUGCAGCAAAAACGUGAAUGUGCAAAUCAGAUUCACAAAGCAGCCAUGGCAAUCAACAGUGCGAUUCUUGCUGAAAUGGAGGUCCCAGAAUCAUACCUUGCAGCACUUCCAAAGAGCGGGCGUGCAAGCACAGGAGAUUCUAUCUAUCGCCACAUGUCCACUCCAAAGAAGUUCUCCCCUGACUAUCUUCUAGAUGGUCUUGAUAUAGCUUCGGAGCAUGAAGCACUUGAGUUCGCCGACCGUGUGGAAGCUGCAAUCUAUGUGUGGCAGCGCAAAGCAAGCAUGAGCAAUUCAAAAUCUUCAUGGGAUAUGGUGAAGGACCUAAUAGCUGAUGGAGACAAAAAUUACAUGCUUGCGAAUAGAGCUGAGAGUCUCUUGCUUUGUCUGAAGCAUAGAUACCCAGAGUUGUCACAAACAACUCUUGAUACAAGCAAAAUCCAGUACAACAAGGAUGUUGGACAAGCAAUCCUAGAGAGCUACUCAAGAGUGCUGGAAAGUUUGGCAUUUAACAUCGUCGCAUUGAUUGAUGAUGUUCUUUUUGUGGAUGGAUUUGUGAAAAGGAGAUGAUCAGUUCCCUCCAACCUACAAGUCAAAAUGAGAGUUGCAGACAGAAUUCUCAUCAUGUCAUUCUAACAAAUGUUGCCUUAAAACAGACUAACAAUAGAAAAUAAAUCAUUCCUGAAUGCUCCAUGGACUGGGACUGUCUUCUGCAUCGAGCAAGAUGAGAAAGAAAAUUGCUCUACAUUGUCCUGAUAGAUGUGAACCAGGUGCCAAGAUGGUGAAGACAAGAAGAAAAUGUAAUACUAAAUCCAGGUUCUUGACUUGAAGUACUUUUGAAGGAUUUCUUCAAAUGGUAGCUAAAUAUACUCCCUAAUUGUCUCCUUUAUAGCAUGCAUUCAGCUAACCAAAACACUAAAAUCUUUAAAAAGAAAAUUAUAAAUUUUGC